UAAAAGUUAGCUAGGGCAUGGAGAGGGAGGGUGUGGAGAAUGGCUGGCAGAAGAAAUGGCAAUUCCGAGGGAACGAAGAACUGAACACGGCGUCGAUCUCCGUCCGAGGAGCUCUCACGAUGUUAAUGAAAAAUCUCAAGAACCCAGCUGGUGAUGAUCAACGGCCCACCAUUAUGCUUGGCCGCGGGGACCCCACUGAAUUCCGAUCGUUUUGGACCACUCCGGCGGCUGUUGACGCCGUCGCAGAUGCCCUCCAUUCCUUCAAGUUCAACUCUUACUGUCCUACCGGCGGUAUUAUUCCGGCAAGAAGGGCUAUUGCAGAAUAUCUCUCCCGCGACCAACCAAACAAGUUAUCGGCGAAUGAUGUAUAUAUCACUGCUGGUUGUACCCAAGCCAUUGAAAUCAUAGUAUCUGUCCUUGCACGUCCUGGUGCCAACAUUCUUCUUCCAAGGCCUGGUUACCCUCAGUACGAAGCUCGCGCAGCGUUUGACCACCUCGAAGUACGCCAUUUCGAUCUUCUUCCUGAGAAGGGCUGGGAGGUGGAUCUUGAUUCUGUUGAAUCUCUUGCAGAUCACAACACUGCCGCUAUGGUUAUCAUCAAUCCUAGCAAUCCCUGUGGAAAUGUCUUCACUUCUCAGCAUUUGAAAAAGAUUGCAGAAACAGCAAACAAACUUGGCAUCUUCGUAAUUUCGGAUGAAGUUUACGGGCAUCUAGCUUUCGGCAGCAACCCUUUUGUACCUAUGGGAAAGUUUAGUUCCAUCGUACCAGUUAUUACGCUUGGCUCUAUAUCAAAGACAUGGAUUGUUCCUGGUUGGAAACUUGGCUGGAUUGUCACAAAUGAUCCCAAUGGCAUCUUUGAAAAAACUGGGAUUGUGGACACACUUAACAACUAUCUCGACAUCACUACUGACCCAGCAACAUUCAUUCAGGGAGCUAUACCUCAAAUGUUUGAGAGAACAAAAGAUGUGUUUUUCUCAAACAUAAUUGGCCUUUUGAGAGAAGCCGCAGAUCUUUUAUAUGAAAUGGUGAAGGAAAUUCCAUGCCUUACUUGCCCAAACAAACCACAAGGAUCUAUGGUUGUAUUGGUAAAGCUAAAUCUUUCAGCACUUGAAGACAUUGAUGAUGAUAUACAGUUUUGUCUUAAGUUGGCCGAAGAGGAGUCGGUGAUUGUUCUUCCAGGGGUCACGGUUGGACUGAAAGAUUGGGUCCGCAUUACUUUUGCUGUGGAGCUUUCAGUACUUGAAGAUGGAUUUAAGAGGAUAAAAGCCUUCCACCAAAGACAUGCCAAGAAGAUCUAACAUGUCUUCUUUUAUAUUCACUGUCAAAUUAAGUGUAUGGUGCUCAGAUGCUAAUCGGCAACUUUCACAUACAAUCUCCAAAUGUUACAUUUUAUAAAUAAAAGGAUAAAUUAAGUUC